GUUAGGGCUAUGAAAGGCUUAUCCACAGAAAAGAGCGAUAAAUUUGAAACAUUGAAAGGAUUCUUAAGCCCUCUGAAUGUGGACUCUGACGUGGACACGGAUAACGAAGAUGGCUUAACCGCUUCCGAUGUUGAACACCAGAAAGCACUGUCUGCCGCCAUCGAACAGGAGGCAGAUCUUUCCAAAGAAUACGAGAUAGAACGUGAAAUAUUCUUGGCCUCCACCAUUGAACACGAAGAGAAACUCGCGAAGGAGAAGGCCGAUCAAGAAGCGUACGUGAAUGCAAUGAAAGACGUUGACGAUGAAGAAGAGAUGACGGAACCGACUGAUGAACGUGGCAGAAGCAAGGAGGGGAAAAAUGAAGAUGAAAAGGUAAUGGACUAAAUUUCGAUCUAGGCAUAAAGAACAAAAUCCAGCAAGUUUUCCUUCGCGACCAGUCCAACGUUGUGACCGCUCUGAGCAAAAUUCUGCAUUUUGCAAGUGGGCUGUCUUGCCAUAUAACAAAAACAACGUUACUACUAAAAUAAGUUCUUUGUAUGUUUGCAUGGCGAUAAAACAUAUAAUAGUUUUGUUUGUGGAAACACUACGUAAAUGUAUUACAUGCAGUAAUAAAUUUACGUGGUGUUUCCACAAACAAAACUGUUAAAAACAACCACUGUAUGAUAGAAAAUUGUUUUAAUUUUUAUGUUUAAAAUUCAGAAUCCUCAAGGUUCAUUGACAAGACAGUUGACUUGGGAGGAGAUGAUUGCUGAGUAUGACGGUAAGGAUUUCUAGCGUGUUUUAAGCAGAGUUCACUGGUUUUAACCACAGAGAAGAGAUAUACAGAGAUGAAACUCGCGGCAAAUUAUGUCACGCCGAUAUAUUCAGUUUAUUAACUAUUUUAUUAAAUUUUGAUAAUGCAGAGGAAUACGGUUAUAUUUUGAGGAAUUUGUAUCAUUCGCUGCUUUGUUAUUUAUACAUGAGCAUCUGAAAUUCCCAGCCAGUGCAUUUCACGAUUUUAAUAAGGAGUGGAUAGGGAAAAACAAACUUUUGCAAAAUAAAAUGUAAUAUCUUAUACUUUCUGUAAGUACACGGCCUAAUGAAAAGCAACGACAACUUUGUAAACAUUUUUUAGUUGAUUAGCUACCGUGUUAAAAUAUGUUUUAAUAAGUAAAUAAAUAAAUCUCUUCUUAAUUGUCAUGUGUAUGUGUAUUUUAAGUUCGAGUCCAUCUUAUUUUCUCUCCUUUGCAGAGAAAAACAAACGAGAAGGUUCUCCAAGUUGGGGAGACAUUGUUGAGAUGUCAGAAAGUAGACCACCAGGUCGAGCUGUUCAAAUGCACAAGAAGUUAUCUUCUCCAUCAAGAAAAAGGUUUGCCUUUAUCUCAUAUUGUGAUUAACCCCUCAUUGUCAUCCGAAUCAGGCCGAUUAUUGCGUUUUCGGUAGAUAAUCGGAAUUUUUCCGUUUGCCAAAGCACGAAUUGCUUAGUGGGUUGAAAUUUUUUUCUUUUGUGAUAAAAUGUGAUUUACUUCUUCUGAUGCAUGUGAACGAGUAGAUGAGUUAUGAAUAUUCUGAGAAUAUGUACCCUCAUCUCAGUGAACUGUAAUAACACUGGAACGCUAACUCCAGGUAAACAUGCCCAUACUUGCCCGAAGCCAAGAUGGCGCUUCUCGCAAGCUCAGCGAGCAAUAAAUUAACUUUCAAAAGGACUGGGGAGAGUUUCGAGGAGCGGGAAAUUCAGUCAAAAGUUUGUUUUUGAACGAAAAUCAGCAAGAAAAAGCACUUUUUUAUCGAAAGUCUUCAACUUUAAAGAUUCAAACCUGGUUUCCUGGAUAGUUCUAAGUAUUUUACAUCCACUAACAGCAAAAACUUCCCGGGUAACAGCUUGAUAUUCAAAAUAUUACACAAGUUUGAACGUGCCGAAAAAAACUUCGCACUUUGGCUCCUGAAAAAAGAACUUUAUAACUGCUCUACGUUCUGGAAACAUGUUUUGUAUUAAAUUUCAGGUAUUGUUGAAAGUUUUUAGCUUUUUUCCUUGUUGAAAUACAGCUAUUUAGUGGUCGAAAACAGACAUCUUUUAGGCGGCGUAUUUUCCACUCCAUACCUACAUGGCGGCCAUCAUGAGUGGCUUCAAAGAUGGCGGCCAAGUUAUCGUUCCAGUUCCCUUAGAGUUCACUGCCUCAUCUGAACAUUCCUAACUCAUUCACUCGUUCACAUCCAUCAGAAGAAGAAAAUCGCACCUAAAAUCGCAGCAAGUGUAACCGAGCCUUAAUAUGUUUCAGGGAUCUCACGGUUGGAGUGCAAAAGCAAGCUGAAAAACAGGUUCGUAUUUGUAAAAGCAUGCAAUUUCAAAUGCUGUUAUAUCUUUGUGCUAUUAUAUCUUUGUAUAUCGUUAUUAUCUUAACGUUGGUGUUACUUUUUUAAGGCAAAAGCUCGACAGCUUAGGGAACAAUUUCUCGAUGACAAACGGCAACAUCUUCAAACACUUUCAGAAAAGGUAACUCGUAACUGAAUAAACCAACUGUUUCAUUAUUGUUCUUUUGAAUUUGUCAAUUACAAAUAGUUAACUGAACGCAUUGACUAGAUUAAGUGGAUUUUUACUGGAUUGUUCCUCAGCAGUAUUACUGCAGUAGUUAGCUGACUAUCUAGCCUGCGCGCAGACUAUAUAAUGACAUAUAUAUGUCAUUAUGUAGUCUGCGCGCAGGCUACUGACUAUCCUACUUUGAUAUUUAACAAAAAUGUAGGUCGAGAGAGCUCGCGACCUAAAGAUGAUAUUGAUUGGCGAACAAGAACUUCAUUUAAAGGAAAAACAACGUCGUGCUGAAGAGAAACGUAAUAUUAAAUUAAACGAAAGAGUUCGCAAAGCUCAAGAGGAGGAAGCUAAGGUAUGGAUAAUUUCGAGAACUUUUGAAAUUAAAAAAAUUCUGGAAAAUUUAAUUUUGUGAAACUCAUUAAUAAUUCAUGAAGAAAAAGAAAUUGAGCGUGAAGGAGUUUAUAUAUCUGAUACAGAAUCAAUUCUGUUUGAAGGUGAAUGAAAUUGCGUUCAUUAACACUCUGGAGGCCCAAAAUAAGAAAAUGGAAGUCAUGUCAAGACACCAGGUAUAUUACACAAAUAAUCACAAAAACAUCGCAAAGUUACAGCGUUCUACACUGCGAACAAAUCUCGAAUAGAAAUUUUAUUAAUUUAUGUAUUAUGGCAAAACCGCAACAGUGAUUGGGAAGCUUUUAACCUUGGGGUUUAAACCUAACAAGCUUCUUGUUGGUUUAAGAUGGCUCCCCAUAAUUUUUGAAAUAUGGAAAAUGUAUUACUUUCAGAUCAUACUAUUAUAUGACUUGUCGAAACAUGCUCUAAGAGUUGGACAUGGUACACAAAAUAUGACGUCACUAUCGUUGCUAUGGUAACAAUGACGUUUCUCUAUAUGACCUGUUUUGAACAUGCAAGGGGGUGUCCUAAAUAACGUGCAGAUAGUAUGCGUAAUAAGAUUUUACAGAUUUCUUAGAAUUUAGAUUUAGAAUUUACAAUUUGUUUCCUGAAGGAUCACGAAGCUCGCUUGCAAGAUCUUCAGGAGGAAAGACAGCGAAAACGAGGUGAACAACAAGCAAAGGAAACAGCAGCUUACGUAAGAAUUUUACAUUACUCAUUGGAACUGCCAAUGCCGCGAAUUGCAAUGUGUUUCAAGCAUAGAUAUCUUAUAUACACUAGAUAGUGCAUCUAAUUAUUCUGCAAUUCAAAAUUUGAAGCCGUGAUUGCAGGCUCAGGAUAUUCCCAUGAAAUGAGAAGAUUCGUAUGUAUCCUAUUUCUUAAACAGGGAACUUAAACAUUAAGUUAAUCCUAUUAUAAAUACAUUUUCAAACUAUUCAAAUGAUGAAAGUUAUUGUUAUUUUUUAAGUGUUUAUUAGCGAGUGGGAAGCUCCAACAUGGCCGCCAUCUAUUCAAAUGGGGGUAACCGCUGGAAUAUUCUUGGCUUCAAUUUUACUAAAAGAGAUGCGCUAUCUAGUUUAUAUAAGAUAUCUAUGGUUUCAAGCAAGAGAACCUGCUUCAAGCCAAUCCGUGCGGCACUUUUCUUUUUAGAAAUUUUUUGUCAACCGAAUUGUCUUUCUCAGUCUCUCUCUCCGAUGAUUCGUAAUAGUUAGUCUGUUCUCUCCUUUAAGCACCAACUCUACACGCACUACUCUUCUCACUUAGAUUCUUCUUUUGAUUUACACUUAUAUGCCGUUCCUGCAUGACCUGAAAUUUAAGCUCUUGCUCUUAAGCUGUCCUAUAUUUUAUAAUUGUGUAAAUAGUGUUGUAAUCCUUGGCCGCUUUAAUUUAUGUCUAUACUAGUGUUUUUCGUCAGUUUGGUCUUCACAUGGGACUCGUGUCUUGUUGACCAUACCUUCAAUCAUGCAUGUUUAAUUAAAGUGUUGCUCACUUUUUUCAAAACGUUUACCACGGUGGGAAAAAAAAGACAGCAAAUUAGGUCAAGUUUUUAUAACGUUCUGACUUUAGUUUGGAAUAUCACGAAACUUUCUCACAAGAUAGAACUUGCUAUUCCUAAAAAUCGUAUCGUUUUUGUUUUUCGAUUUCGUUACAUUUUGGCGGGAAAAUAACGUGCCAACUUUGGCGCCGAAAAAAUAAACACGAGCUAAGUACAUGCUAGUAACUUUUUUGAUGAGAUUGUCCUAUAAGGAUCUAAAAACUGUAAAAACAUUCAAAAUACGCCAAAGCAGUUCCAAGAUAUGGUGCUUAAAAUUCUGAAAAAUCCGCCAUUUUGUUACUAAAAAUAGAUUUUUUUUCAAAUCAAAAAUAGCCAUAUCUUCGCACUGCCCUGUUGUAUUUUCAAUGUUUUUACAGUUUUGAGAUCCUUAUAGGACCGUCUCAUCAAAAAAGUUACUAGCAUGUUCUUAGCUCGGGUUUAAUUUUUUGGCGCCAAAGUUGACACGUUAUUUUCCCGCCAAAAUGUAACAAAAUCGAAAAACAAAAACGAUACGAUUUUUAGGAAUGGCAAGUUCUAUCCUGUGAGGAAGUUUCGUGAUAUUCCAAACUAAAGUCAGAUAGUUAUAAAAUCUUGGCCCAAUUUGCUGUCUUUUUUACCCACCGUGACUUGCAAUAAUCUUAUGUUAUUUUUGAAUAUGGUUGUAAAGGCCCAUCUACACGACACAACUAGUCGUAUACGAUUCGUAUUCUGGCGUAUGAAAACGAUUGUUGACGCCACUAUUCCUGUUUAUCAGUUUAUGGCGAAGUUUGAAAUGUGACUUUUUUACAUGCAUUUAUUCGAAUACAUACGCCAGGAUAAGAAUCGUAUACGACUAAUCGUAUCGUGUAGAUGGGCCUUAAAGUUCAUAAAUAAAUUAAUAGACAAAGCAAGCUGUUUGGUCUGUUUUAUUUUUUAUCACGUCUAGGAAAGACGAAAGCAAUUAGAAGCGGAGAGACAAGCAAGACUUGAAGAAAUGAAACAAAAGAGGCAGGAUCAGGUUAGAAUUAAUCAAAACAAGUUUCUUUAAAGGACAUUGGCAAAAAAUAGUUUGUCUCAUAAUCGUAAUUUAGAUAUAAUUGCUUGAUCAUUGCAUCUUAGGAAGCGAAAUUUCUGAGAGAGAAACAAGAAAAAGAAAAGGCGAGGGAAGAGGCAGCGAAAGAGAAAGCAAGGUGUUUUAUUUAUUGGUUUUUACAUUUUAAAUCUGAAGUAAGAUUAUUCAGUUCUCAAAGUCUUUUAAAAUUAAAAUAACUGUAUGGUUGUUGCAUGGCAAACUCUCCUAUGGCGUUUGCAUUUCCGUUAUUUGCAUGUUCUGAAGGUAAGUCUAGCGAAAAACUUAUUACGUACGUUCUGGAAGUACGCCAAUAUUACAGUCUGGUUCCAGCUACCCUAGCUAUCUGCGUACUUAACCUUUUGCUUGUACAUGCAUGUGACCUUUCCAAGACCUGGUUAUUCAAAACUAGAAUUUAGUCGGAAUAUGUGUAAGUCUGACAUGCCAAGGCAUUAAAACAUGAUUGGACUGAUGUGAUGAGAUGGAACUAAGGAAUGAAGUGGAGUCGAUUGUUGUGUAUAUGCAAUUGUGCUCAUUCAUCUAUAACUCAUGGUUUAAUGUUACGGAAUCAAUCCCUUUCGGAAACCUGUACUUUAUGUACUUCAUUCUAAAGACUAAAUACACCUUGAGUCUUAAGUUUGUACCAGCUCAAGUACGCGGCAAUAAUCAAUGGAGUACCAGUCAGGUACGACUAAAAAUUUUGAAUUAUCGCACGCAGAAAAUGGCCUUUCUGAAUUAUCAUAUUAUGCCAGUUGAAUUAAAGCGAUCAUUUGGAGCUCUAUCGAACAAAACUCACGUCAAGUCGACCUAUAUAUAUAUCGUGAUAGGAAAAGAUGUUGUCGAUAAAUGUGGACAGCAUGAGGAUAUAUUAAAUAGUUUAUUUUUCAUUCAGAGAACGGGAACAAAGACUUGCUGCGAGGAAUGAAGCUUUACAAACAGCAGCCGAACAAUUGCAGUUGAAGAUUAAACACAAGGUGUGGUAGAAAGAUACAUUAGAAUCCAUUCCGUGACACAGGCUAAGGCCAGUUGUACGAAGGCAGGAUAGCGACUUUUCCAAGUUUCCUGAAAUUGUCUGUUGAUUGGUAUUCGUGCAACCGGACCUUAGAGUCCCAAUGCAAUGCAAAAUGUGUUUAAUAAAUGUUUUAACAUUUCCAGCAGCAAGAGUCGACGAAACGUCACGAACAAAUCUUGGAACUCGUUAAAGAGAAGGUAAGUAUGCUAUUAUGUGUAACACGAACGUUUGCUUUGCUUGGGCCAAAGAAAGAAAUACCUGGGUUUCCGGUUUUCCGACCCUACCAUGAAAUCACCGCGACCCUAAUCCUUUUAUCCGAUGUUUGCAAAGAGCUUGGAGCAAUUUUUCGUUCUGAGCCUUCGUGGCGUUGGUUUUGCACUAGCUGUAUAAAGACUAAGUACAACCUGUUUGUUUCAAAGUUGAUAUAAUAUUUAAAAUGCGUGGGGUUUUUUUCAGGCUGCGGGAGCGUCUCGACAUUCAACGCAAGAUGAACUACCGACUGUCACACCGUAUGAAAGAAAGAAGAUUUGUACAUUGUGCAAUGUUCAGGUAUAUAAACAUGGCAAGCCUACGCAGUAUCAAUGCGAGUAUUCACUUUUUCGUCGAUGGAUUCAGGUUUCUUCGCCGAUGUCCGACAUUUUGCAGCACUGCUGGAGUUGAACAAACUCCGGCUCCGGCAAAAUGGGACAAAACUCCGGCGCACAGCACUACAGCUGAUGUAUGCCCGCAGAUUGCAUGGGCACAAACAUAGUACGAAAUGUUCAUGCGAAGUGUUGAAAUCAGUGUUUCCACAAUGCAUCAUUCAAAUUUCCUUGAUUUUGCUUUAAAAUUUCCUUGAAUUUCCUUGAAAUGGGAUGUAAUUUCCUUGAAAUUUCCUUGAUUAACUGAAGUAUACUUCGGCAACUAGAAUUCAUCAAUACUUUUUAAUAUAGAUUGAAGUAAGACAGAAUGGUAUAUUUCUUUCGUAGUAAUUCGUACACAUCUUAAAAAGAAAGCCUUUACACAACAAUUUAUUUUCUCAAAAGUCAACAAAUUCACAUGAGAAAUAAAUUCAUAUAAAUUCGCAUGACAGCCAUAGUGGGGCAGUCGGGCAAUAUUCGAUCAACAGUCGGGCAAUUUUGGUUUGUAAUAAAAAUAAAUUGGACAAAUUCUGUCAAUUUAGUCGGAAAUUCAGUAAAUUUUGUGUUGUUUGGAAAAUUUGUUUGAUAUUUCGAAACAUUUUGGUAUUUCCGUAAAAAAUUUUUGACCCCUAAAAUGGUACACUGACCGAAAUUUUUUUGGCGACGGGGGGGAAGGAGGUCGCCGAAAUAUUUUUUCCGGGAAAAAUUUUUUCGGUACUAGUCGGGCACAAUCCCGAAAAGUCGGGCAAAUUUCUUUCCGCCCCCCUAAUUUUUUCCUUCCGGUACGCCCAUGAUGACAGCGAACACGUGGUGGCCUGCACGCAGUAUGUUACCUGAUUUCCACCUAAAAUUCAGGUUGUUGUGCUGCCUACUUAGUUUAAUUAAUAUUACUCAUAUAUUACUCAGCUUUAUUGCUUGCACGGAAAACAAUAUUUGCCAAGAGUUAAACCAUGCACAUGAGAGUUUCUCAUCUCCACUAAUCUUCUUUAUUUGAACACAGAUUGUAUCAGAGGUGUAUUUAAUAAGUCAUCUCCGUGGUAAGAAACAUCAACUGGCAUUGGAGGAUGUACAGAAAGGGAAGAAAACUGAAGACAAUGUAAGCUUUUAUUCUCAUCUAUACCUUUCAUACGGACUGAUUAUCCAAUUUAAAUUUUUUACCUUUCCCUUUUAAUUUUUCAAUUAAAAGGGAUUUAAAUUUUUUAAAUUUUUCUUGAAAUUUGAAUUUUUCAAUUUAAUUUUUUCCCUAUCCCUUCCAUCACGGCAGUCAGAGGUGACCUUAGGAGCUGUUCAUAUGGAGCCGGGCUGACCCGGGAUGAUUCGUUUAAUAAAGCUCUCAUCACAGCUUUGAUAAACAUUCAAAUGACAUUUCAAAGUUGAAUUAGCUCAUUUUGAUUCCAGUAACAGUAUAUAAAGUUCAUUCAAACGAUCGUUCGGCGGUUUAUGGUCAGGAAAACAUUUUCGUGACACGAUUCAUCACAGUUAGCUGGUAGUGAACCUGUUAAUAACUGGACCUGCUCAUAGGAACAGCCCUUUAGUAAGCCUUCGACUCGAUCAGGUUGAGCUGCAUCCUCCGUCAUACAGUUCAGCUCUCAGCGCAGAUAUAUAAGGAUGAUUAGCACAGGCAAUUUUCCAGGCAAUUUUCAAUAUGGCGGUCAGCCAUUUUCCGAGCAAAACGCCAAUACGGUCGUCUACUGGACUGGUUGCUCUUUAUACAGACGUCAUUUUAGAAUAUAGAGUGAUCAUUUUGUCACAUAAUUUAAGUUUUCGAACACAAGUUUUUAGAAUUAUGUUGAACUCUGUUUCCAGGAGGCAUUUUCGCUGCAAUAUAUCAAGGAUAUGGGUCUCGAUAAGAUUGAUGACAAUGUUAAGGAGUGUGAAGAAAGAAAGUCUGCGUUUAAGAAACGAGCCAAGAAAAUCAGAACAAGGAUGGCAGCACGGUAAUACAUUUGCAUUAUUUAAAAUGUAAAAUUUUGAUAUUAUGAAAGUCGCAGAACCACCUGGUAAUCAAUAUGUUUAAUAUUUGAUGGCAGAAUUUUUAAAUAUUAAAAAAAUUAAGGGGGGGGGGAGGGGGGAGGAUGCAGCGGUGUAGCUUACGGCCCCCAUGACACAGUGUAGACAUGCAGGGUCUUACCUAGAGGGCCGUGUUGGCCGUGUUAUCGCGGCCAAAAACAGUAAAACCCGGCUAGAUAAAAUGAACGCGGCUUCAUUAUUUAUAUAAGGUCGUGUAGGUUCAUAAAAUAAGGUGUUCCUACUUACAACAGACAGAAUUUCGUCCAAUUUACGUCGUAAGAAAGUUUCUAAAAUCUACUGUAGUUGUUGAAAUAGGAAAAAGUGAUCCGUGAUGUUUUAAUGUUUUGAUGGAUAAUGAGAACCAUAUGGUAUUAAAAUGGGUUUAAAUACCCCCAAGAGUUGCUGAAAUAACUUAAUAUUUUAAUGUCAGUACGCAAUGUGAGCUAGCCUUGUAUUUGGUUGCAAAGCAUACAACAACCACAUGCAGACAUUGUCUGUUGUUGGUGAGCAUAACUACAAAUAUGCACACCCUGGUCAUUUAGAAACACGCCCAAGAUCUAAAAUCCUAGCUAAGACCCCGGUGUAGACCCUAAAUAACUGAAAAAUUUGUCAAUUUUUCACAUUGAUCUAUCAUUUAACCUUUCCCAAUGGGAGAUGCAGGACUUUUCAGGGGAGGUGCAUAAAGAUCUAAGGAGAGGUGCGAACCUCCACGCAUGUCCCCUCAUCUUACCUCAAAAUCCGGCCAUGAUAUUCAAUUAUAGUCAAUUAAUUAUAUAUAGAGCGAGAGGUGUAAGUCGUAUACUAUCUCGUGAUCAUUCAGGAAUUAUUUUCUUUAUUUAUAACUUGGUUGGUGUACCUUAUAGUGGACGGGAAUAUGAAGCAACUCUCAGUAACGUUUCAAAACCUCAGGAAUCCAGCAAGAAAUCAAAGUAUGUAGCAACGUAAUUUCGUAAAUUACAAUGUUUUUCACAGAACUGCGUAAAAGACCUUCAAACUAUGUUGACCCAGCAUCCAGUGUGGAUUCUAAUUGCCGAACAAAACAAUGGCCGAUCAGUCGAUUUUAUUCCGUACGGAGAAAAAUAAAACACGCAACAUAUAUUAUUUAAUCAGUACUGUUCAUAAAGCAUAAAAACGAGAGAAGGAACACAAGAUAUUUUCUUGGCUUGACAAGUAACAAAAUCACGUCACAAGUUUAUGGUAGCAGAAAUGCAGAAAAUUAGACAACAAUAGGGCCACUUAUACGGAACAAAAUAAGACGCGACUUACAUAAGACGCGACUUAAGUAAGACGCGAGUUUGUCGUAUAAGAGGUACAAAAUUCUUAUGUAAGACGCGUCUAUCCAAGACGCGUCUUACAUAAGAACAGGUCUUUUAGCUGUUCUUAUUUAAGUCGCGUCUUAAAUAGGAAAUUUUGGGCAAAAAGUCUGACUACACAUGCCAGAAACUUGAAACAACGUAAAAUUAUUAGCCUUGCAUAUUAAAACAAAAACAACCAAAACAACAUUAUAGCUAUAGCAAAUAAAUAAGACCAAAGCCGUAGAGAACCAUUUAUGCGAUAACUCCGCUUAUUUAAGUCGCGUCUUAUGUAAGUCGCGACUUAUUUAGUUAUUUUGUUCCGUAUAAAUGGCCCUAAUAUCCAAUGAGAGCGAGAACUUUUGCUUGCAUGGAUCGUUGGUACUGCUUAUCGAAAGUUGAUGUAACAUUCUGAUUGUAGGCUUCAAAAAGUGAUCAAAGAUCUGGACAGAUACUUGAAAACUCAAAGCACAGGUCCAUGGGCGGCAAAUAGAGUUGCAGCGCUGGAACGUUCGCUCGGAGAAUUAUCUCGAAUGUUGGAGGGAAAGGUAUGUUGUGUAAUACCAUAAUUCAUAAAUAAGCACUGCAUGGUAUCCACACAUGUUUACACCAGCUAGCAUAUACUUAUAACUUGCUUUCCUGUACAAACCACUUAAAAAAACAUACAGGGCUUUCGUGUUUCUUUGAGACCGAUUUUUGUUGACCCAACAAUUAAAACGUCAAAAUGUCUCUUUUAAAUACCCACCCGUGGCCAAAAACUUUACAAAAAAAUACUGUCAGUCAGUUGUCACACGUGUACUUUACCACUUCUGUGACAUAUUUUCUUCAGUCUAAAGAGUAAAGUUUCAUGUUGUCUGAGAAACUCUGUUUACGUUUGUGAUCUAAGGAUUGUUUCUGGGUUAUCUAGGUUAUUGCUGACCAAGUGACCUUUUGCUACCUUGGUGGUCUGUCUACAUUAUCUCGGAUAUUGCUUUUUAUAGACAUGACUUCCGAUACACAGAAAUCAUUCUUACCUACCAAGUAAGUGAUUUGCG